AUGGCAUCCAAGGCACUUGCAAUUAUCGCUGGCGUGGGUCCUGGUACAGGCGCUUCCAUUGCUAGGCGCUUCGCUCAAACAUACUCUGUCGUGCUUCUAUCUCGAAACCCCGACAAUUAUGAGCCUCUUGUCCAGGAGAUUAACUCCAAAGGUGGGCAGGCUAUCGGCAUCAGUACCGAUGUCUCCGAUGCGAAUAGCGUCAACGCUGCAUUUGACCAGAUUGCGAAGCAGUUUCCUGACUCGGUCUUGGCCGCUACUAUUUUUAAUCCCGGUGGUGGAAUGGUCAGAAAGCCUUUCCUUGAGCUCACGGAAGAUGAUUACUCUUCGGCUAUAAAAUCGCAGGGCAACGGAGGCUUCAACAUUGCCAAGCGCGCCCUUCCCCUUCUGCUCGAAGCUAAAGACUCAAUCCCUCAUCCACCCACUCUGAUCUUCACCGGCGCCACCGCCAGUCUGAAGGGGUCGGCCAAUUUCGCAACAUUUGCCUCGGCCAAAUUUGCUCUACGUGCUUUGGCGCAGUCUCUUGCCCGUGAAUUCGGACCUAGGGGUAUCCAUGUGUCCCACGCCAUUAUCGAUGGUGUGAUCGACAUCCCGCGUACCAAGGCCUGGGCCUUUGAGCAUGAGGAUGCGAAGCUGAGUCCCGAUGCUAUUGCGGAAUCGUACUGGCAUCUGCAUACUCAGCCGCGGUCGACUUUUGCUUUUGAGCUGGACUUGAGACCGUAUGUCGAGAAGUGGUAA